CUCUGCUUUUCAAAACCGGCUUUUCAGGCCAUCCUCCAGGUUUGACACUGUUGGCCAGUCUCACACCUAGUUCCUUUGACUGUACCUUUCUGGUUGUCCCAUCUCCAUUUCUUGUGUUUCUGUACCCCAAAGCAACCCCACGAGUCUUCCCCUCCAAUCAUAGCCACUUUUUCUCCACCAGGUGCCUAGACCAAAUAACUGUGCGUGCGGAGGUCAGAGGAAAGUGGGCUUCAGAGCACACAGGCGGGGAUGACUUUGGGGCCCGCACCUGCGUGGAGGCUGUAAGCUUAGCCUACCCUCGCCAGCCUGCCCAGGUCAGGGGCGGGCUCCUACGCGUCUCCGCCCCUGCCUCACGUUCACGUGACCUGGGCUAAUCUUGUCCCGGUGACUUCACGGGCCCAGUAGUCAUGGUUACGCCGCAGCGCCCAGCCCUUCCCCCAGCUGGCUGUGCUCUCUUCUCCCCUCUUGGACCCCUCCCACAGCCGCGCCCCCAGCCCCGCACCACGUGACGGUCGGAAAGGAGGUCGACAGGGGAUGGGGCGCCGUAGCAGUAACCCCUUCCACUCCACUUGCCGCGGUGCAGUCACUGGUGGCCAGGCGGUCCAGCAGGGCCUUGGAUCCCCUGGAACUGGAGUUAUAGAGGUUGUGAGCACCAUGUGGAUGCUGGGAAUGGAACCCCAGUCAUCUGCAAGAAAACCUAGGCUGGCCUGAAACUCACUAUGAAGCCAGAGAUGACCUUGAACGUCUGAUCCUCUCACCUCCAUCCCUAAGUGCUGGGACUGCUGGGCUCCAGAGGCCAUGGCCUGCCUCCAUGAAACCCGAACACCCUCCCCUUCCUUUGGGGGCUUUGUGUCUACUCUAAGUGAGGCUUCCAUGCGAAAGCUGGAUCCAGACACUUCUGACUGCACCCCUGAGAAGGACCUGACACCUACCCAAUGUGUACUUCGAGAUGUUGUGCCUCUAGGUGGGCAGGGUGGGGGAGGGCCCAGCCCCUCCCCAGGUGGAGAGCCUCCCCCAGAGCCUUUUGCCAAUAGUGUCCUGCAGCUACAUGAGCAGGAUACAGUUGGGCCAGGGGGAGCCACUGGGUCACCUGAGAGUCGAGCAUCUAGAGUUCGAGCUGAUGAGGUGCGUCUGCAGUGCCAGAGUGGCAGUGGCUUCCUUGAAGGUCUUUUUGGCUGCCUGCGCCCUGUCUGGACAAUGAUUGGCAAAGCCUACUCCACAGAACACAAGCAACAGCAGGAAGACCUUUGGGAAGUCCCCUUUGAGGAAAUCCUGGACCUGCAGUGGGUAGGCUCAGGGGCUCAGGGUGCCGUUUUCCUGGGACGCUUCCAUGGGGAGGAGGUAGCUGUGAAGAAGGUUCGAGAUCUCAAGGAGACCGACAUCAAGCAUCUUCGAAAGCUGAAGCACCCCAACAUCAUCACUUUCAAGGGUGUUUGCACACAGGCCCCCUGCUACUGCAUCCUUAUGGAGUUCUGUGCCCAAGGACAGCUAUAUGAAGUGCUCAGGGCAGGCCGUCCUGUCACCCCCUCCUUGCUGGUUGACUGGUCCAUGGGCAUCGCUGGUGGCAUGAAUUACCUGCACCUGCACAAGAUCAUACACAGAGACCUGAAGUCACCCAACAUGCUAAUCACAUACGACGAUGUGGUGAAGAUCUCAGAUUUUGGCACGUCCAAGGAGCUGAGUGACAAGAGCACCAAGAUGUCCUUUGCAGGAACAGUAGCCUGGAUGGCUCCUGAAGUGAUCAGAAAUGAACCUGUGUCUGAGAAGGUUGACAUCUGGUCCUUCGGGGUGGUGCUAUGGGAACUACUGACUGGAGAAAUUCCCUACAAAGAUGUAGAUUCUUCAGCCAUCAUCUGGGGUGUGGGAAGCAACAGCCUCCACCUGCCUGUACCCUCCAGCUGCCCAGAUGGCUUUAAAAUUCUGCUCCGCCAGUGCUGGAACAGCAAACCACGAAACCGCCCAUCAUUCCGACAGAUCUUGCUGCACUUGGAUAUCGCCUCAGCUGAUGUGCUCUCUACACCCCAGGAGACUUACUUUAAGUCCCAGGCAGAGUGGCGGGAAGAAGUAAAACUGCACUUUGAAAAGAUUAAGUCAGAAGGGACCUGUCUGCACCGCUUAGAAGAGGAACUGGUGAUGCGGAGAAGGGAGGAACUCAGACAUGCCCUGGACAUCAGGGAGCAUUAUGAACGGAAACUGGAGAGAGCCAACAAUCUGUACAUGGAACUGAAUGCUCUCAUGUUGCAACUAGAACUCAAAGAGAGGGAAUUGCUCAGGCGAGAGCAGGCUCUAGAAAGAAGGUGUCCUGGUCUACUCAAGUCACACCCUUCCCGGGGCCUCCUACAUGGAAACACUAUGGAGAAGCUCAUCAAGAAAAGGAACGUGCCACAGAAACUGUCACCCCAUAGCAAAAGGCCAGAUAUUCUCAAGACAGAGUCUUUGCUACCUAAACUAGAUGCAGCCCUAAGUGGGGUGGGGCUCCCUGGGUGUCCUAAGGGCCCUCCUUCACCUGGAAGGAGUCGUCGAGGCAAGACCCGUCACCGAAAGGCCAGUGCCAAGGGCAGCUGUGGAGACCUGCCUGGCCUUCGCACAGUUUUGCCACAUCAGGAGAAUGGAGGACUAGGAAGCCCAGGGGGCCUAGGAGUGGGCCUUUCAGCUUGGGAUGCCUGCCCCCCUGCUCUCCGUGGACUCCACCAUGACCUUCUACUCCGAAAGAUGUCUUCAUCAUCCCCAGACCUGCUAUCAGCAGCGCUGGGAGCCAGAGGCCGAGGGGCUACAGGGGGAGCUCGGGAUCCUGGCUCACCACCUCCACCCCAGGGCGACACUCCUCCAAGUGAGGGAUCAGCUCCUGGUUCCACCAGCCCAGAUUCACCUGGGGGAGCUAAAGGGGAACCACCUCCACCAGUAGGGCCUGGAGAAGGUGUGGGGCUGCUGGGAACUGGAAGGGAAGGGACUGCAGGCCGGGGAGGAAACCGGGCUGGGUCCCAGCACUUGACUCCCGCUGCGCUGCUGUACAGGGCUGCUGUGACUCGAAGUCAGAAACGUGGUAUCUCUUCUGAAGAGGAAGAAGGAGAAGUUGACAGUGAAGUAGAGCUACCCCCAAGUCAAAGGUGGCCUCAGGGCCCGAACAUGCGUCAGUCACUAUCUACAUUCAGCUCAGAGAACCCAUCAGAUGUGGAGGAAGGUACAGCUAGUGAGCCUUCCCCAAGUGGCACACCAGAAGUUGGCAGUACCAACACUGAUGAGCGGCCAGAUGAACGUUCUGAUGACAUGUGCUCACAGGGCUCAGAAAUUCCAUUGGACCUACCUACUUCAGAGGUGGUCCCUGAACGUGAAGCCAGCUCCUUGCCAAUGCAACACCAAGAUGGCCAGGGCCCCAAUCCUGAGGACUCAGACUGUGACAGCACUGAAUUGGACAACUCUAACAGCAUUGAUGCCUUGCGGCCCCCAGCCUCCCUUCCUCCAUGAAAGACACUCUAAUUCCUUGUACAUAGAGAAAUAUUUAUAUAAAUAAUAUAUAUGCGCCACAUAAUCAACAGAUAGAUGGGGUUUCUUAGCCUUACUCAGGCUUAAGAGUGAACAACGCCCUGACCAAUUACUGAAUAAGUUCUGGGGAUACUGGCAGCUGUGGGAACGAAAGACUCCAAGUACUACCCUAGAGCUAUAAGGAAAGGAAGCUGGCCCCUUCUUGCUUCACCCCAUUCCUUAUGUUGAACAAGCAAAUAGGCAAUAGAAAAGCCAGGCUUGUCUCUAUACUGUCUAUCCCUGAACAUUGGGGGGCAGGAAGAUGAUUCACUUAAAACUGCACUUUUAUUUUCUGUUUACUGUUUACACAUUUUGCACUUGGGAACAGGGAAACUAAGGCUAGGUCCUCUCUCUGAGGUUUCUCAGGUGGCAAUGUAACUCAUUUCUUUGUUCCUGUUUCUCUGCCCAAGUCACGGCUUUGGGCCCAGAGGCAAGUUAGAAGACAUAAUAGCAUGUGAUGGCUCAGGCUGAAGAACUGGGGUGCUGUUCAAGUCCCCGGUGUUAUCUUGGUGCCUGGUAGGGGUGGGGACUGUCAUAUUGUAACCCCUGUGAACAACCUUGAAAUAUAACCACUCCAUGCAGGCCCAA